AUGAAUCCUCCUCCUUCUCCUCCUCCUCCGUUGAGGAGUACGGCACCACCGCCUCCUCCUCAUUCUCCUCCUACUCACGCUCAGCACAGCAACAGUCAACACAACGCGCGUUACCCUGUAUCGCAGCAGCCUUCGCAGCGACCAAAUCCAACGCAACACCAACACCACCAAUCGUCGUCUCCGUCGUCGUUUUCUUCACUCGCGGUGAAUGCGCACGCACCGACGACGACGACGACGGAAACCGCGAAAGAACAACUCGGGAGAAUUACGUUUCAGUCGACCGCUUUGGAAAAAGUAAACUCGGAGUUGUUCUCGCUGACGUACGGGGCGUUUCUCGUGCAGUUGUUGAGAGACGCGAACGGGGACGCUUCGUUCGUGAAUGCGAAAUUACGGGGGAUUGGGAAAUCGAUCGGGAAUCGAUUGAUCGAGGAGUAUCUGGCGAAGAUGAUGAAUACUGGCGGUGGUGGGAACGGAGUGGGGAAUGGCAGUUAUUACGGGGGCAGUAAUAACGCGGCGGAUUCGUGCAAAACGUUUCGAGAGGUUAUGGAGAACGUGGCGUUUGUCGGGUUUCGCAUGUUCCUCAACGCGCGGUGUCGAUUAGUCGAUUGGAGCAGUAAUAGUAGUAGUAACGGUAGUAGUGGUAAUACUCCCACCACGAAUGACAACAGUACCAGCAACAUGAACAGUAACAGUAGUAGUAGUCACGAGAGCGUUACGUUAGCGAUCGAGGAUCUCUCUUUGGCGGAUUUCGUGGAGUUGCCGGAAAAAUAUACGAACAGUUUGUCGUAUUGCGAGGUUGUGUGCGGCGUGGUGGAGGGCGCUUUGGAAUCAGUCAACGUGAGAGUGAAAGUGCACUUUGUUAAAGACGGAUUGAGGAGCGAUUUGUCGUCUAGUUACGUCGGGCAAACGCAAGAAAGCGAGAGGGUGGUGAAGAAUUGUAAGUUUGCGUUGCGCGUGACGUCGUUAGGACCGAUCGAGGACGAACCGUAUCCGUUUCAAGAUGACGAUUAG